AGGUUUAUGCUGACUUCAUUCAUGAUGAAGGUGAGAAAAAUCACAAGUAAGUCUGGUAGCUCCAAGGAGAUCAAGAAGAAAAAGAAGAAUGAGGCAGAGAAAAAACUCAUGCUGGAGAAGAGAGAGAAACAGAACAUAUACAAGGACCACCCUGAGAAAAAGAGUUCCAUUGUAUAUCUCAGUCACAUUCCACAUGGUUUCUAUGAAGAGGAAAUGAGGAAGUUCUUUUCUCAGUUUGGGAAAGUAAGACGCAUCUCACUGGCUCGUAGCAAGAAGACUGGGGAAAGCCGAGGAUUUGCCUUCAUCCAGUUCCAAUUUCCAGAAGUAGCAUCUAUUGUGGCUGAGACCAUGAACAAUUAUCUCAUGUUCAAGAAACUUCUCAAAUGUAAGGUAGUCCCACCAGAGAAGCUGAAGCCAGGAAUGUUCCAAACACCAGGAAGCAUGAAGCGGAUGCAACGCCUUCAACGGCUACAGGCUCAACAUGAGGGUAAAGAAUCGGCACGCAAAGUCCAAGCAAAGGCAAAAGCUCGGUUGAGGAAACUGAAAAAACAGUCCAAGAAGCUUGGAAUCACAUUGGAUGGAGUGGUUGAUCAGUCAGAGAAAGGAACCAAGACAGAAAUGGAAGAAGAGUUACCUGAAAGCAAAGAUGAUGAUGGAGUGCAAGUGAGCAUGAAUAAGAAGAAAAAACGGAAAGAAGCACAUGUUCAGCUUGACAGUCAUAUCUCAGUGAAAUUGAAGCACAUGUUAGAAGAUGAUGAACAGCUUAGCUCUGAGGAUGAAGAUGAAGGUGAUCUAACUUCCGAAGCCAGCUCUGUUGAGUUUCAAGAGGACUCCAUUCCUCAGAAACAGAAACACCGGUACUUCACUUCCAAGUUGGAUGAGGAGAUGGAACUGACAGAUGAGAGCGAUAAUGAAGAUGAGGAUGAAGAGGUUGAACCAUCCUCAACAGCCACACUGAAACCACAACCUAAGCUCAAAUCCUCCCCAUUCAUUGCCAGUGCAGCAGAGAAGGCAGCUGGGGUGAGACGGAAAGUGGAUGACCGCUUCCUCUCUCAUCAGAAUGUGAUGAAGGUAAACAAGAAGCGAGGUGGUCGUUCCCCACUUGAUCAACCUUCUCCUGGAAAUAAGCGGGCCAAGAGGGCCCCCCGAGCUAAAAAGCAGAAGAAGAAGGAUAACCCUGUCACCUGAAUCCAUCUUUCCAUUUUUUUUGUGCUAUAUAAUAAAGAUACGAAUGUGGUUUGUCUUGUUUUGAACA